GUGGGGGCAGACUCCACGUGCGUGCGUGUUCACUGUCCAUUCCCUUGCAAGCUAUUGUGGCGAUAGGUCUGCUCUCUUGCUGUUACGCUUCAUCAUCGUGAAUUGUAAGAUGUCCAGCGAAUCUGAGACAGAUUUUCUGUGGAGCGACGAGGAGCUGGAAAUGUUACAACCUCAAAAAAGACAGAGGAUUGAAAAUUAUGUGGAGGAUGUGGUGCCACAAUAUAAUGACAGGGAAUUUGUAGAGCAUUUUCGGGUGCGGCGUCACGUGGCAGAUGACCUUUGCGAAAGGUUUAGGAAUUCCAGAUUCUACAAUUAUCAGGCAGGGGGAAAUGGGAAACUGCUCCCACUGCAGCAUAUAUUGAUCUUUUUGUGGUUCGCGGGCCACAAAGCUGCAGGUUUCAGGGAUGUAGCAGAUAGAUUUAACAUUUGUAUUUCUUCUCUGCGAUGCGUUAUUCAGAGAGUUACAAACUUUAUUAGUGAUUUGGGAAGAGAGGUUAUAAAGUGGCCGUCCGCCGAAGAAAGAGCAGAGAUUGAGGCUCAUUUCCGGGGAAAUGGAUUGCCUGGUGCGAUUGGGGCAAUCGACGGUUCCCACAUUAGGAUCGAUAGACCUCAGAAAGAUCCCCAGUCCUAUAUGAGUAGGAAGAAUUAUUUUUCUAUUCAGCUUCAAGUAGUUUGUGAUCAAAAUCGACGGAUUAGGGACUUAUUCAUUGGCUAUCCGGGCUCUGUACACGACGGGAGGGUUUUCAGGACGUCCACACACUACCACACACUCGAAGAAAAGUGUGGAGAUUUUCAUAUUCUGGGUGACAGUGUAUAUCCCUGCACCAGAAAUUUAUUAACACCCUUUAGAAAUACAGGGAGUUUGUCCAGAGUGCAAUGUGAAUUCAAUAGGGCACUCUCAAAAAACAGGUGUGUUGUGGAACAUUGCUUUGGCCUGUUGAAGCAGCGUUUCAGACAGUUGUAUCAUCUGAAAUUGAGGAGUGCUAGAGAGAUGGCGCACUUCAUCCGAGCAUGCUGUGUGCUACACAAUCUCGCCGUGGAAGAUAACUUGGAGUUAGAAGAUAACGAAGGUGAAGAAGAUGAUGCACCGGCUGAAGAACGAAUAGUCGGCUUCUACAACAGGGAUGACAGAAGUGGCAUUGCAAAGAGAAAUAUGAUUGCAGCACAGUUGCAAAUGUAAAAGCAGCACCAGAUGCCCCAUCACCAACAUAUUACAACAAAUAUCAUACCAGUGAUGUGGAUGUUAGGAUGUAUUGUCGCAGACUACAAGCAGGAGAUCAAGGUGAAGGAAGUCAACUGCAGGCCAUGGAGGAAGAAUAAAGGGCUGUCCAAGAAUAAUCAACAGCUGGGGCAUAUAAAGGGAAGUUUUUUAUUUUUAAUGUAGACCAUAUUAGUUUUUGAGCUUUAAUUGCAUUUGUUUCUUGCCAAGUGAGAUUGGUCGGUAAUUUGACAGCAUUUCUGUUUCUUGUGGAGAGGUAUAACUUCAGCAUACUUAAGCCAGCCCGGGAAUGUUCCUGUAAUAAGUGAUUGAUUACACAAAUAACUUUAGAUAUGAAUAAGCUCACAUGAACACUCGUUUAUCAACUUUGUUGAUGUGUUAUUGUAACCACUAGAAUGGUUUGAUUUCAAGGACGUUGAUUCUAUUUCUUUGGGUGAAGUGUAAAUUUCAUUUCACUGAGAUUGCUUGUGUACACUGGUCUCAGAUAUUCCAUUGUUUAUCAGGGUUUCAUUUACUUUUUGAGCUACUUGUUCCUCCUCAGUUCUCGUCCUACCUGUCUCUGAUUUAACUGUAUCCCAUAUUGUUUUUAUUUUAUUGCUGGAUGUAUUUAUCUUCUUCUCAUAAUGCUGGUGUUUAGAUUUCUGGAUAACCUUCUUCAAUGUUUUGCAGUAAAUUUUGUAAUGAGCUUUAAGGCUAAUAACCCAUUUACUACUGGUUUUGUAAUGUGGCUUACUUGCCUAGAAUUGGCUAUAAAUAUAUUGUCAGUGGCUGUCUUAGCACAUUUGUAUACCCUAGUUGGGAAAUUUACAGUAGAAAUUAAAUUGAAUGUCAAUGUAACUGAUUUCAGUGUUUUUCAGGACAUGUAUAUUAAAAUCACCAGCAACCACUAGUUCUUUGUGAGUUUUUUUUAGAUGUGUGAUCAUUAGCUACAAUGUUAGGAAGAGUGCCUGGGACUCACACUAGGACAUGUCACCCAUAAACUAACUUACAUGACCAAUUACACAAUGUUAUGGAUUUACAUUUACUCACACCAAAAUUAGUUGAUGCAGUAGUUGUUUGAGUUUAUUAUAAAUGAUUUUACGAACCACAUAUGCCGUAUUGUGUUAAUCAUUUCUUCAAAUUGCAUGCUUUGUCCUGUUUCCUUACUAAAGUCCUUAUGAGCUCAACAUCUUGUCAUGCAAAUGAUAGGGUGUUGGCUCAUUGUUUUUACAGGUUGAAGCUGAGGGCAUCAGAUGUCGCGUCUGUGAAGAGCAACGGAGGAGUAGUGAUUAUAAACUGUAAUUUUGAACUGUGCAUUUGGUGAUUAUAGUUUCAGUGAAAUUGUGACUUGUCUUUGUGUUUGUAGUUAAAUUGUAAUUGGGAACUGUGCAUUUGAGUAUAUUAUAAAUUUUAAUUGUAUAUUGUAACAUCCCACCCUCCUCUGCCAUCCUGAUCUGGGUCUUCCAUGGUUUCCCCAGAUAGUGUAAGGCGAAUGCCAGGAUGGGUCCCUAAGUCCAUGGCAGUUGUUCCAAUACCCUUUGUAUGCUUAUUUAUAAUAUU